UUUUUCACUUUUAUAACUUGGUGAUAUAGUAGAAAACCUCCCCCUUCUCUCUCUUUAUUUUAUGGGUUCUCACCGGAAAAUCGUUUUUGGUUCUGUCCAAAUCGGUUCUUACAAGCGGACGACAACAUCAAAAACAGCCAGAUAGAGGGAAAUAGAACCAGUUUUUCCUCAUUCUUUGUUGAGUUUCAUUCUUCAACUAUAAUCCCACAAUGGUAGUAAAUUUUGGAGGUGUUUUUCUUCUUUCAGUUCUGAUAUUAAGUUUGGGAGUAAACUCAGAACCAGUUCAAGACAAGCAAGCUCUCCUUGCGUUCCUUUCAGAGAUCAAACAUGCGAACAGGGUUCAAUGGAACUCAUCAACCUCAGCCUGCGACUGGGUCGGUGUCGAAUGCGAUGCGAACCGCUCUUUUGUCUACACUCUCCGGCUCCCAGGUGUGGGUCUUGUCGGUUCUAUUCCACCCAACACAAUCGGUCGGUUAAAUCAACUUCGAGUUUUAAGUAUCCGAGCAAACCGUUUAUCCGGUGAGAUCCCUGCCGACUUCUCCAAUUUGACUCUCCUCCGUAGCCUUUAUUUGCAAGAUAACGAGUUCACCGGCCCGUUCCCACCCAGUGUGACUCGUUUAGCUCGUUUGACACGGCUCGAUCUUUCUUCUAACAAUUUCACCGGUCCAAUCCCUUUAGCUGUCAACAAUUUGACUCUUUUGACCAGACUCUUCUUGCAGAACAACAAAUUUUCCGGUUCUCUUCCGCGCAUCAACUCCGACGGUUUAGUUGAUUUUAAUGUUUCUAAUAACAACCUUAACGGUUCAGUUCCCGACACGUUAUCUAAAUACCCUGAAUCUUCAUUCGCCGGAAACCUUGGUCUUUGUGGAGGCCCACUCCCGCCCUGUAACCCGUUUAUCCAUCCUCCGGCCCUGUCUCCUUCCGAGCCCAUUCCUCCCACAACUUCUGGUAAAAAGUCCAAAAAGCUUUCCACUGGAGCCAUUAUUGCCAUUGCCGUGGGGUCCGCAUUCGUCGCGUUAUUGUUAUUUCUAUUCCUCAUUCUUUGCCUCCGUAAACGUCAACAGCGGCCACCGAAACGUCAGAAGCCAGUUACGGCGGCGACACGGGUUGUUCUGCCGGCGGAGGAGGGAACGUCCUCGUCGAAAGACGAUAUAACUGGAGGGUCAACCGAAGGGGAAAGGAAUAAGCUGGUGUUCUUCGAAGGUGGGGUUUAUAGUUUCGAUUUGGAGGAUUUGUUGAGGGCUUCAGCGGAAGUGCUGGGAAAAGGCAGUGUCGGAACGUCGUACAAGGCUGUGUUAGAAGAAGGGACAACGGUGGUAGUUAAACGGUUAAAAGACGUGGCGGUUAGUAAACGAGAGUUCGAAACGCAGAUGGAAAUGUUGGGUAAAAUUAAGCAUGAAAAUGUGGUUCCUUUAAGAGCGUUUUAUUACUCCAAAGAUGAGAAAUUGCUCGUCUCUGAUUUCAUGCCUGAUGGUAGCUUAUCUGCCCUGCUUCACGGUAGCAGAGGCUCAGGCCGUUCUCCACUGGACUGGGAUCACCGGAUGAGAGUAGCAUUAAGCACGGCAAGGGGCCUAGCACACCUCCAUGUUUCAGGCAAGGUGGUCCAUGGCAACAUCAAGUCCUCCAACAUCCUCCUCCGACCAGACCAUGAAGCCUGCAUCACUGACUUCGGUCUCAACCCGCUCUUUGGCAACACCACCCCGCCUAUCCGUGUUGCAGGCUACCGAGCACCUGAAGUGCUUGAAACCCGCAAAGUUACGUUCAAGUCUGAUGUGUAUAGCUUUGGAGUGUUAUUGCUAGAAUUAUUAACUGGCAAAGCACCCAAUCAAGCAUCGUUAGGGGAAGAGGGGAUUGAUCUUCCUCGUUGGGUCCAAUCCGUGGUUCGCGAGGAAUGGACUGCUGAGGUUUUCGACGUGGAGUUAAUGAGAUAUCACAACAUUGAGGAGGAAAUGGUGCAGCUGUUACAAAUUGCAAUGACUUGCGUAUCCACCGUACCUGAUCAAAGACCCGCCAUGCAGGAAGUGGUACGUAUGAUUGAAGAUAUAAAUAGAGGGGAAACAGAUGACGGAAUACGUCAGUCGUCUGAUGAUCCUUCAAAAGGAUCUGACGGUCACACUCCCCCCGCCGAAUCAAGAACCCCACCUAGAUCCGCCACACCUUAGCAUAAUGUGAACAAAGAAAGUAAAAGAAAAUUGAAAAAGCAAAAAGACAAUGUGCACAAAGAGAAAGUAAAAGAGUGAUAAAGUGCGCAAUUGAUGGGGGAAAUAACUGAGGUUUGCCCCCAAAUUUGUGUUUUUCUUUUUUUUUUUUUCUUUUUGUUGG